CCAACAUAAUACUUUUUGCAUAGAUAUGAAGAAGAUGGUAGCUAAUACCCUUGCAUACAUUGCACUCUUCGCUAUGGCAUUUUCUCUUGCCUAUGCCUCCGAUCCCAGUCCUCUUCAGGACUUCUGUGUAGCUGUUAACGAUACAAAUGCUGCUGUGUUUGUGAAUGGGAAAUUCUGCCAAGAUCCAAAGCUUGCGACCCCAAAUGAUUUCUCCUUUUCAGGGCUUCGUCUUCCAGGAAAUACAUCAAACCAACUUGGGUCCAUGGUCACACUAGCAAGCGUGGCAGAGAUACCUGGACUCAACACCCUUGGCGUUUCCCUGGCUCGGGUUGACUAUGCGCCAUAUGGUCUCAACCCUCCCCACACCCACCCUCGUGCCUCAGAGAUCCUCACUGUCUUGGAGGGGACACUUUAUGUGGGCUUUGUCACCUCUAAUCCUGACAACCGCCUCAUCUCCAAGGUCCUUUACAAAGGAGACCUUUUCGUCUUCCCACAAGGUCUCAUUCACUUCCAGCUCAAUGUGGGAACAACAAACGCAGUGGCCAUUGCUUCAUUGAGUAGUCAGAACCCAGGCGUGAUCACUAUUGCACGUGCAGUGUUUGGAUCAAAGCCAGCAAUAUCAGUUGAUGUUCUGACAAAGGCCUUCCAACUGGACAAGGAUGUGGUUGCCAAUCUUCAAUCCAAAUUCUGGACUGACAACCACAUCUAUUAGAAUGGUUCACCUUGCACAUCUACCUAUUCAUAUGAAUAGAUACCACUUCAAUGUACCGAUUACUUAGAUGUCACUUUUCUUAUCCUCUUAGAAUAAAGGCGUUUGUUAUGCACAUGCAGUGUCUCAAUUCCCUGAAGUAUGAUUGCUUCACAGCUGUCACUGCAGAAUAGGCAAACUUGUGCCCAUUGAUCUUAUGUUAUAAUAAAAUUUUUUUUUUCCUCAA